AUGCAAGUGAUCGCAAAAGCUCUUGCUUGGCAUCCAGUUCAUGAAAGCUUGUUUGUGAGUGGUGGUGGUGACGGUUCACUGGCAUAUUGGCUUGUCAACAGUGGAAAGGAACUUGCUUUCCUGGAACAUGCACAUGAUCAAGCAAUAUGGUCUCUGGAAUGGCAUCCAUUAGGCCAUAUUCUUGCAUCUGGUUCAAAUGACAAUAAUACGAAGUUUUGGGCUAGAAAUCGACCAGGCGACACGCAGGAUGACAUUUUCGGAUUAGCGUCACUUCCUGGUCCAGUAGCGGUGCCAGCAAAGGAAACUAAGACGGAAAAAUCCGCAGAUGAAACGACAUUUGUGCCAGUAAUUCCAGGUAUGGGGCUAAACGAUGAUGUGUUCCUGGGUAUACAAAGAAAGGAUGCAAGAACGACUGUUGGUGGUCCACCAGUUGGAGGACCGUUACUUUUCCCAGAAGAUCCAAAUACGCGUCAGCAACAACCUCCACCAAAGAAAGCGCAGCGACAAUUCGAGCGCAUGUGGAAUGUCGCAAAACCAAGCGCCUCUGGAAACGAUGAUUUUGACGACGAGAUAUCUGAUGCAGCAGCAUUUCGUAGGUCCAAAAUAUCAUUGCUCGGUCCAACUCAACGUUCAUUGCUUGCUACGAAACAACAAGAUGAAGAACGGCGGCCGUCAGCAAGUCCUUCUGGCCAGGAACGAAGUAGUAGAAGACUUCAAAACAACGUGGACAAAACAAACGGUCUAGAGAAGGAAACAGCCGCGUCACCUGGCGCUGCAUCCACACAGAUGCCAUCAUCACUGCCAUCAUCUGCAGCAGCAGCAGCGUCUGUAGUUGUUCAGCAAUGGCCAAGUGUUACUGGAGCACCUCAGCCACCGAUUAUGCAACAAAUUAACGCGCAGCCCAAUGUAUUAAUGCCCCCUAUGACAGCACCACUAGCAGCAAUCGCGCAAUUAGGAGCUGCUGCUGGUAUUCCCUUCCCGCCGCUACCGAUGCCACCAGUUGUUGGCCCGUUGAUCUGGCCACCGCCACUUCCAGCUAACAUUGCACCCGCUCCUGCAACUUCUACGCAGAAUCAGGAUAUUGACUAUCGCACUGGUGCUCCGCCACUUCCGGUACCUCCUAUGCUGCCAGGAACUCCCAGUACCUCAUCGUCAGCAUCAGGUGAUGUGGAUCUCAGAAACCAGCAACCUUCGUCAUCGUCUUCGCAAACACAAAGUUGGCGGCCAGCAAACCCCUCCCCGGCAAGUCAGCCAACAAUUACCGAUGAAUUGCCAAGAGAUGCUGCUACAGGCGAAGUGCCGAUACACGAUCCUCGGAUGAGGCGAGGCGGAUCAAGGCCGAAUCUGAGCAGAAACAGUAACGAUGAGCGGCCGUCGGGAGGGGUUACGCUAGGGACACAAGUGCGUGAUCCACGAAGGAGGCCACAGCUUGGCGGUGCACAGACUGCCCUAAAGCAACAGGGCGUCGAUUAUGAUGGACGAUUCGAAGGUAGCCAAGCGCCCCAACGAGCAUGGAUGCCGAACAUCAAUGAAGUGAUAGACGGUCGAAUGAGUAGUGUCGCGCGACUGAGUCCCAAGCGCCGUGAUUUCGGUGGUCCCAGUGGUGAUUUCGACGAUCGUUUACCGCCACCGCAGCAAUACCUGCUACUUCAGCAACAGCAACAGUUAGCCGGCGGUGGGCCAAUGCGACGUGCAGCAGGCGAUAGCCGAGGUCGAGCCAGAAGAACAGCGUACUAG